AUGCCGACCAAGGCUUUGGGAGAAGUUUUGAAAGAGUACAUCGUCGUCGGACGCAAGAUCCCGACCGAGAAGGAGCCGGUGACUCCUAUCUGGAAGAUGCAAAUCUUCGCCUCCAACCACAUCAUCGCCAAGUCCCGUUUCUGGUACUUCGUUUCUAUGCUCCGAAAGGUCAAGAAGGCCAACGGCGAGAUUCUCUCCGUCAAGCAGGUAAAUAUUUUGCCUAAUGAUUCUAUUCUUAUUAGAAAUUAUUGAAUAGUUAUCAAAAAAAAAAUUUUUUAAUCGGGAAAUAACAUCUUAUUCGAGUUUGUUUCAUUUAGGGGAACGGAAAUGUCUUCUAUUGGAAAGAUAAAUAAAAUAAGUUUAAUUUUUUUAUGCAAGUUUUUUUUUGAGGUUUUCGAGAAGAAGCCCGGCAGCGUGAAGAACUACGGUGUCUGGCUCAAGUACGAUUCUCGUACUGGCCACCACAACAUGUACCGUGAGUACCGUGACGUCACCAUCGCCGGCGCCGUCACGCAAGCUUACCGUGACAUGGGAGCUCGUCACCGCGCCCAGGCUGACCGCAUCCACAUCCUCAAGGUCCAGACCGUCAAGGCCGCCGAGACCAAGCGCGCCGGAAUCAAGAUGUUCCACGACUCCAAGAUCCGAUUCCCGCUCCCCCACCGCAUCAGCAAGCGAAGAAACGCCAGCGUCUUCACGACCGUCCGGCCAAAGACCCACUUUGCUUAA